AUGGACGGCCUCAACCUCCUCGACGGCUCUUCGGACUUCGACAGCUUCCUCAACCACGAGUUUCUCCUUGGCGGUUCGGCCGAAAAAGUCGACGAUCUCUUCCGCAAUGCCGAUGCCAUCGACUCGCCGUCCACAUUCCACUCUCCUCGCUCCAUGCAGUCCGACUCGAACGACCCCGUGGCCCCGACGUCGAACGGCGCUUCGUCUGCGCAACUGAACGAUCAGCUGCAUGGCUUCGGUGCGGCGGACUUCGCACGCCAGGCCUUUGGCCCCACCGCGAUGGCUGCGAGUGCGUCGUUCAACCCUGACAUCUUCCAGCCACGUUUCGACGGGAUCAAUGGUCACCCCUUCCAGUCGUUCACGCCGCAGCAGAGCGCCGAAAUGUGGCGCUCGAUUACCGAAGGAGCUGGCCUCGCACAGUCGAUCGGCUCGCUUGCCCUGGACAACGUGCCGCCGCCGCCGCUGCAAGCCGCGCCGUUCCCCUUCGCUCAGAAUGUCCAGAUCAAGAGCGAAGACGACUGCAACGCCCUCUCGACGUCGUUGGCCUUCCUCAACCAGCCAUUUUCGACGCCGACGCAGCCCGAUGUGACGCUUCCCAACGAGAUGGUCGCCAGCCCGCCGUUUGAGAAGAAGCGGAAGCUCUCGGUGAUCGACUCUCAGGCGGUAGCGGCCGUGGCGUCUGUGUCUGCAGAUGCCGCAUCGGAGGCUGCAAUGGCCAAAGGACCUUCGCCAAAGAAGGGCGGCAAAAAGAAGGUCGCAAAAGCGGGCGAUGCCGCUCCGAGCGCGGCCGGCACCCGCGAAAGCGAGCACGCCGAAUCUGCGAUGGGAGCCGAAGGCUCAUACUCGCAGGACAAGUCGACGAAGAAGUCGAGCCAGAGGCGACCUCCCCCCUCGGCCUCGCAGUUUACCGAGGCGGGUAAUCCGUUCCCCGUCAUCGACACGACCGCCAAGCACUCCAGCCUGUUUGUCCACCCAGACACCUCGGGCCUCACCAAGCGGGAGGCCAGACUGGUCAAGAACCGCGCCGCCGCAUUUCUCUCUCGCCAGAGGAAGCGCGAGCAGUUCGAGGAGCUCGAGGUCAAGUGCAAGGCCAUGUCGAUUAUGGCUUGGCGCAUGUGGGAGGUCAUCGCGGGACACAAUGCGGGGAUCGAAAGGCUCGGCCAGACAGUGCUGCCCUCCCUGCUCUCGCCCGAGGACCCCAUGGCCAUCAUCUGUCUCGAACAGGUCAUCGCCAAGCAGGGCGCUAGCAUCGCUCCCACCGCCGACGAUGCGCUGCUGGCGCCGAGCCGCGACAGCGCCGAGCCCGAUGGCGGAUGCGGCGACGCCCAGCAGCAAGAUGGUGCCAACGUCUCCCGACCGUGGCAGGCGGACGCCAUCGACAAGCUCAAGGCCGACCUCGCCGCAUCCCGCCAGCGGGAGCAGAACCUCAUGUUCGAGCUCGAGGCGCUCAAGCAGGCUAGGCCCAGCGCUUCUCCCCCGGCCCAGACACCGGCAGGUGCCGCCGCCGACGCACCGACGUUCUGGCAGUCCGGCCCCGAGACGCUGCCCGUUGCGCCCUUCCGCGAUGCUCAGCCGCAUGGGCCUCUGCUCACGAUUGCCCCAGGCCUUGCGCCCGACGUCAACGUCCCCUCGUCGCAAGCGGCCUCGGAGCCCUCGGCCAGCCUCGCCGGCAGCACCAGGAUCAAGGAGGAGGACGCAGAGACAUCCUUCAACUUUGCCGUCACGCCCACCAUCGAGAGCUUCUCGGAGGCGGCGCGCAAGAGCAAGCGGUCGCAGCUGCCGCGGAUCGGCACUCCCAGGUUCGGGCUGGGCCUGCUCUACCGCAACGCACGGUCGGGAGCGUCUGCGGCUACCACGCCAUCCAUUCCGUCUUCUCCAUCGUCGCUCUCCACGUCUAGCGACGCGACACACCGUGGCUCUGGCAGCGCAGGCGACCAGCAUCACCACACCCUCGGCCAGCUGGCAAACCCUCGCAGGUCGGCGAGCAGCAUGGCCUUGAUGGUGAUCCUCUUCAGCAUCGCGCUUCUCGGCAUGCCUGCCAACGACCUGGCCAAGCUCGGCAUCAGCAGAACCAGCGGCGAGCUCAACAGCGGCUUCUCGCUGGGUCAAGUGCUCGGACCCGUGGAGCCGGCCUCGCGCUACUCGCUCAUUAAGCCAGCGGGCGACGAUGAUGAAGACGAGACCGAGGACGAGCGUGUUGCCGCCACCCAGCCUUCGUCCCACCUUUCGGACACGGAUCUCAGCCUCGGCUUUGACGUCGAUUCGCACCUGUCGCCUCAGCAGCGGCAGCAGCAGCAGCAGCAGCAGCAGCAGCAGCAGCAGCAGCAGCAGCAACAGAGCAAGUCGCAGCAGACCAAGUCGCAACAGCUGCAGCAGACGCGACCGACCGCGAUCAUGGUCGACACCGAAAUGACCGACGAGGCUCCCGCACCAAUGUCAUCGUCGCUGCCGCCGCCGCCGCCUCAGCACGAUCCGUCCAACACGAAUCUGCUCGGAUCCUCGGCCGUCGCUGCCGUCGCUGCAGCGGCUGCGUUUGCCCAGAUCAAGAAAAAGGAGACAGUACCUGGCGGCGGAGCGGCUCCGUGGUCGUUGAUCUAG